AGUAAUUCUAUCCAGUCUUCAGAUCACAGCAUUCAGCUGCAGUGGCUCAUAUCAGUAAGCUGUAAGCAUCUGUCAGAAUCCAUUCACCCGAAAAACACAGGAUGAAGAAGAAGCUCAUCAUUGAUGUGGACACUGGGGUGGAUGACGCUAUGGCCAUCAUGGUGGCCCUCGCCAACCCUGAUGUGGAGAUUUUGGGGAUCACCUGCUGCCAUGGCAACACACCCCUGGAGAACGUCCUCAAGAACACACUGCGUGUCCUGAAAGUCUGCAACAGGCUGGACAUUCCAGUGUAUCGUGGCUGCUCAAAGCCUCUGCUGGCCCGCAAACAGCAUGCGGGUGAUUACCACGGGAAAGACGGGCUGGGGGAUGUCCCAGAUCCAGAUGCUCCAGGCUUGGAUCUGCUGCAGAAGAAGAACGCUGUGCAGGCCAUGAUCAAGCUUGUGAAAGAAAAUGCUGGAGAGGUAAUCCUCGUAGCCACCGCUCCCCUCACUAACCUGGCUGUCGCAGUGCAGUUGGACCCUUCCUUGCCAAAAAAGCUGAAGGCGCUCUACAUCAUGGGGGGAAACAGUGAAUCCAGAGGUAACACCACAGUGUGUGGAGAGUUUAACUUUGUAGCCGACCCAGAAGCGGCUUACAUCGUGUUGGACCGCUACACCUGCCCAACCUACAUCUCCACCUGGGAGUUCACCUGCAGGAACAGCCUGUCAUGGUCUUUCUGUGACACCUGGCUUGCUCAAUGUACUCAGAAAGCCGAAUUCAUGAAAAAGAUUUCCAAUCUUUCAAGGAUGAAAGCCCAAUCAGCUGACUAUCAGAAGGAGAUUACUGCAGGAACUGGUUUCAAUUCCUGUGACGUCUAUGCCUUAGCUGCUGCCAUCGAUGAUACACUGAUAACUGAGAGCGAAGAGGUUGCGGUGGCAGUGGAGUUGGAGGGGACCUACACCCGAGGCAUGAUGGUGGUGGACUACAUCCAGAAGCUGAAGAAAGACCAUAAGGCCAUCAUCAUGAAGAAAGUUGACUUGGAAAAGUUAAAGCAAAUGUUGACCAAUGCACUCAAAUAGAAAGUUUCUGUGCAUGCUGAAGGCCUGAGUUUGGCUCAUCACAAGAAAUAAAAACUGAUUCUUGUGCUGUUCCUGUGUGACAAACUGUCCACAACAUCCAUCAAGAAAUAGCUGUUCCAGCUUGGUGUUAAAGAAGUUGACUAGAUUUCAGCGUUAGUCCAACACCAUCUGCGAGACAGUCCUUGUUAUACUAAGUAAUACUAGUAAUACAAUCAUGGAAUAUGUUAAGUCUGUGACCCAACUAUGUAUUAAUACCUGAUGGGCAUGAACUAGGGCUACCACAGCUGUGGAAAAUAAGUGAUUAAAAAAAAUUAAGUGGCUGUGUGGAUCAAUACUUUUCUCCAUAUAGUUUAACUACACAUCAUGGUGUGAGAUUAUUCAGCCUCUACGGAAAAUUAAACUCAGUAAGCCAAACUCAACACUACUCAGUAUUAAUUUUCUCUCUUUAUAAAAUCCCAGAGGCAAGAUUAGAUGUUACAAUUAGGUGAUGAAAAUGUGAAACAGACAUAGCGAUAAAAUAUUGGCAUUGUAACUAUUUACUUAACAUUUGCGAAAACUGUUUUGUAACAUUUCAAUACCUGUAAGGUUAUUUUUUUUUAAGUGCUAUUACCUUUUAGCAUGUAGUUUAAUUCAUCUGCAGUUUUUCAGUUCUUUUUUCAUGAGAGAUUACCUAGUCAGUCCAGCUCAGGUAAAUGGUUCUUUUCUACUGUAUUUGAGCACUCGUAGCAAUUUAUAACACGGCUCGUUCACCUAUUCACACACAAAAACAGUAAAGUGGAAAAACCUUGACUGGUCCUGAUGUUUGCAGUGAUAUUCAGAUGGUAGGGUCAGAAUUUGGUGUAAACGACAUGAAAGUGUGGAUCAACUGCGAAUAUGGACUAAAAUGUGUCAUACUGGUGUUGGUAUAAUGUUGUGAAUGGUUUUCCUGGUACACUUUGGGCCCCUUGGUACCAACUGAGCUUCAUUUAAAUGCUGCAACCUACCUGAGUACUGUUGCUGACCAUGUCCAUCCCUUCAGGACUACAGUGUACUCAUUUUCUGAUUGCUACUACCAGCAGGAUGACAAAUAAUGUUUUGGGGGUUUUUUUUAUCUUUUGUGCGAAACAUUGCUUAAAGAAUUUAAAACACACGACUUUAGAACGACUCUUUUAUUCUGAAAAAGAAAUAUUUUUAAGUCACUUGAAGCUCUGGCUGAAACACAGUCACCUCCAGUUCCAUGUAUUUUUCUUGAAUUCCUUUUUAUAAAUUAGAGUGGUUUAUUAUGCAUGCAAUACCGCAUUAGCCGCUUAGAUUUUCUUCUUCCACAGAAAAAAACAGAGAAACACAAAAAUCUGUUAAAAGUCCAGAUGAAGCUGCUUGGAAAAGGGUGUUUGGAGAAGCCACAGCAUGAAGCGAUGUACACAGUUUGCGGUUGCAUAGUACAGUACAUGAAGUUCCUCAUUUUAAAACAGCAUGCCGUCUUGUAUUGCACAUUACUGAAACUUUGUAUACUGGACCUUGCUGUUGUCCCACACGGGUUGACGUCGUCUUAUUUCAGCACAUGUAUACAGCAAAUCGCAUCUCAAAGACAUUAUGUACAUUUAUCAUUUAUAAAAAUAAUUGACAGCAAAUAUUCAUGUAUUGUUUUUCUACUGGAAUAAAUGUUUAUUCUUUUA